AACGGAACUGUACGGAAGCCGUGAGAAGCCAAACCUGUCAUAUUUUCCGAAACAAAAAAAAUGGCAUCUGCGGUAGUGACAAGCGAGAGCCAAGCGUCGGGUGCAGAUCAGCCCAAACUUUCCGAUUUAAUAGACAACGGGUGGAAGCUCUAUGAAGAAGUGGAAAGCACAAACGAGCCGACCUCAUCCCUCUCGAUCCAAGUUAAAAUCAAGCGCGGUGUCUCCAAGUUAGAGGAGGCGACGCGGAUGGUUGCCCAGCUCGACCUGUUCAGUCGAAAUGAAGAGCUGGAGGAAGUCGCCACGGCAGACCUGAAGUACGUGCUGCUGCCUGCUCUCCUGGGCUCGCUCACGAUGAAAGAGACAAACCCCUCCAAGCGUCUGGAGCAGGUGCAGAAGGCCAGGGUUUACUUCCUGGACUUCUUAAAACGCUGCAAAGAGUAUAACAUCAUGAAGUUCGAGCUCCCGAAACCAACGCAGAGCCCAGAAGAAAACAGUGAAACAGGGGAGGAUUCGAGCAGCGGGGCUGCUGCCGUGCCCCCAAACCCCCCUGACCUGGUGGCUAUGGCAGUACACAGAAAUGCCAAGAUAGAAAGAUACAAUCAGAAGAAGGAGACAGAAGCCAAACUGUCAGAGAUCAGAGUGGCAGUGGACAGCGGGCAGGCGGAGGAUGAAGUGGUGCGAGACUUCUACCUGCUGAAUGCACGCAGGUGGGUUACCAUCGCACUGGAGGAGAUCGAGAGCAUCGACCAGGAGGUGCAGAUUCUCAAGAGGAUGGGCUCCCUGAAGAAGGACUCUGCACACUCAUCUAGACAGCAGCAGAGGCCGCCAAUGAAACCAUUCAUUCUCACAAAAGAUGCUGUCCAGGCCAGAGUAUUCGGAGCAGGCUAUCCAAGCCUCCCGACCAUGACUGUGAAUGACUGGUAUGAGCAGCACAGAAGACAAGGAUCUCUCCCAGACCAGGGGAUCCCAAAGAGCGCAGCUGACCUUGAUAACGAGGAACGUGAGGAGGAGGAGAAGGAGAGACAGAUAGGAAACGAUAAUGAGGAAGCAUUGCAGAGAGCUCGGGACUGGGACAACUGGAAAGACACGCACAGGAGAGGCUGCGGCAACAGGAAGAACAUGGGCUAGCAAUCUCACUGCCUGCUGGACUCUUAGUGCUACAGAAAUAAACUGCUCCUGCUGGCUUCAUGUGCAGCGGGGAUGAGUGUCUGUUAACUGCAUUUGACACAUAAAUAACCCCGAGCUGCAAACUGAUUGGCCAGUGUUUCAGCUGGGUUGAGGGGGAGGGGUGAGGCUGGGGAUUCAGAAGGCAGAAAUAGCUAUUUUAUAAUUGAUUAUUCAGGUCUCAACUUUAAACUGUGAGGGUCACAGAUGUAACAUGCCUGGUUCUUGAUUCUGUUAAAAAGGCAUUUUAGUAUAAAUUGGAGAUUUGCCUGUAAGAAUUCCAUUAAAAAAAAUAUUAAAAAGCUGUCAUUUAAAUUUGAUUCCUUGAGAUGUGCUCCUGUCCUACAAGUAAUCUUGGGAAGAAUCUUUCUUCAAGUACAUUCAGUUCAUAGCCACUGAUAAUUGUCACUGGAAUAGGGUGGAGUUAGAAGCCAAAACAUUUUUUGUUUUUGUUUUUUUUUUCUUUGCAGAAGCAAAGCUAUAGAAUUGUGGACGCUUGUAAGAGUACAAAUUGUUUGCAUUUAUUUUUAUUAUGUAUAAAUAUAUUUAAGGCCGACCUGCGUAGUGUUUUACAAUAUAUUGUUUCUUUAAAUAAAAAGGUUACACAAUGAUUAAUCUCUUGCAUGGUAUUUUUUAAUUGCUAUCAAUGCACACAACUAAUAGCCUUUUCAAUAAAUAAAAAACAUGCAUUUAGAGCUGGGGAAGCAGAUGAAUCAGGUGAACAUCUGCACCCUUAACACCUUAGGGGCCGUUCAGAAGGGUGGGAGUAAAAUAUAUUUUUACUUGCAGAUUUCUAAACAGUCAAAUUAUAAAAGCUGCUUUCACGUACAACCUUUUUUUAAAAAAAAAAACAUUGUUCAAUUUCAAAUGUAUCCAGUAGAAUAAUGUCUAGUGGCAGCUUUUGAAGAAUGUACUGUAUUAUGUUUUCUUUAUAACUGGAAUACUCCACAGCAUUGAAAUGUCCAGCAGCUUUGUAUCUGAACUUGCAGUGAGAGGGGAAACAUCUUCAGCUCUGCAGUUAAGUCUGUUGAAUGUUCUCUACCCAGGAUGUAACCCUGGCAGGGGCUGAAUUCUUGGCAUCUUCUGCAGUCCCCACCCUGGGAAUCAGUGUUCUGUGUCUGGAGGAGUCUGCUCAGUCAUAUCACUACAUAUAGAAACCAACAUGCCACAGCAGCUCACUGCUCGUACUAUACUGGAUUACAGUCUGAUGUAAGCACUCAUUAUAGAGAGAGUUGCAAAUGAUACCAAAACCUUCUUGUCCAAUCCUUAUGAAUUAGAUUGGAUUAGUCAUGGUGCUAAGAUUGUUUUGCUGGUGGCCAAUCAGCAACUAAUAAAAAAGUGGUACUGCAGCUAAUAGCUUGUGGAGAAAGGUGUGGAAUAAGGGUUAGUGGUACAGUAUGGGAUGGGUUAAAGACCAGAUAAACUUGACAACUGACUUUAUAUAGUAUAAACAUAAAAAGAAAAUCUUAAAAAUUAAGCAAAUAACAUCAGUGGCUCAAAGUUUAAAAAAAAAAAAUUCUCCUGAGAUUUCCAAGAUCCCUAGAAAAAACAAUACUGGUACUUGCAAUAUUAAUAAAAAGAGAAAUUGAUAAAGACAAUAGAAAUACCCUCACUGUGUGGUGUAAUAGGCUGGGUAAAUUACUGGUAAUACAAAGACUUGUAACAAGAAUCCAAAUCACAGAGAAAUUGGACAUUGAAACCUACAGCAACUAGGAGUUCAAAACCAGGUCUGCCCAUACUGCUUUUAAUUACCAACACUGUUUAAUGGAAUGCACGGCAUUAGGUCUUGGCAAACAUACAACUAGACUAUAUAAAAAGGUAUACCUGCUUCUAUAUCCGCGCUGCUAUGGAUAAGAAGAACGACACCGUCAUGGUUUCCAGUCAGCAGUUGGAAACAUCUCUGGAUAUUUUUAUUUUUGAUUACUCAUAUUGUAUAGAAACAUGUUUCUCCAUCACAUUAUCCCGUUAUCUUCUACAAUAUAAUUGAAGUGUGUAAGAACUGAACUUGAGUUAUUUACUUUAAAAACUACAGCAAAACUUGGAAUGUGUAACCUGGAACACUAGGCUUUUUUUUUUUUUUUUUUUUUUU